CCUCUCCCCUCUUUUUCUAGAUGAGCCUCCUGGUCCAGAAGCUCCCAGCGGGAGCCACUCCGGGGAAAAAACGGCUGGACUUGGACGACGAGGCCACUGGGACCGACGCUCCACUGCACAAGCGCCCUCGCCUGGACCCGCCGGCGGGACUGACGCCUUGCCUUCAGCCCCUGCCUGUCUCUCUGACCCCCUCGAACCAGGACCCGCAGGUCUCCCAGAUUGGCCCCUACAUCCUUUUGGAAGCCCCGGCAGCCGGCAGAUGCUCUCGGGCCAUAAACAGGCACACCGGGAGGGAAUACACCUGCAAGGUCUACGCAGCCAAGAGCUACGCGGAGAUGAUGGCUCCUUACGGGGUCGUCCCAGCGCAUCCCAACAUUGCCCGCCUGGCUGAGGUCAUCGUCGGGGACCAGAACAUUUACAUCUUCUUCCAGCCCGCCAAAGACGACAUGCACAACUAUGUGCGCCGGCGCAGGCGCCUGCCAGAGCCGGAGGCCGCUGCUCUUUUCCGACAGAUGGCAGGUGCCGUCGCCCACUGUCACCAGCACGGGGUCGUUCUCCGAGAUCUCAAGCUGAGGAAGUUUAUCUUCACAGAUGGAGAACGGUCCAAGCUGCUGUUGGAGAACCUGGAGGACUCGUGUGUGCUGAGCGGUCCCGAUGAUUCCUUGCAGGACAAGCACGGCUGCCCGGCUUACGUGGGGCCGGAAAUCCUCAGCUCCAAACCCUCCUAUUCAGGAAAGGCCGCCGACGUCUGGAGCUUGGGGGUGACGCUCUACACCAUGCUGGUGGGGUGCUACCCUUUCCAAGACACCAAGCCGGUCUCGCUGUUUGGCAAGAUCCGCCGAGCGCGCUUUGCUGUUCCCGAGGCCCUCUCCCCAAAGGCGCGCUGCCUCAUCCGUUGCCUCCUGAGGAGAGACCCCGCCGAGAGGCUGACGGCUGGCGAAAUCCUGUUGCAUCCAUGGCUGGUGGCCGGGGGUGCCCCGGAGGGCUCGUGGGGGGUCCCUUCGGGAGACCAGGGGCCGGUCCAGGUGGUACCAGAAGCCGAGGACUGGAGGGCCGUGGAAGACGAGGAGGAGGAAGCGGAGGAAGGGGAAGGUCUCUACGGAUGACAAAGGCAGCCAAGCAAGCGGAGCGGGGAUUCGGUCUUGACCUGACCUGCCUUGUCCAGCUGAGCAAGGGGGGGUGGGGGUUCUCUCCUGCCCUUGAUCAUCCAUCUAGGACUGGUCUCUUGAGUGCCUUUGACCCGGACAAGAGUCCUCUUCACCAGCAACUGGCAGAGAAAGUGCUUUUCCAUUGGAAUCAGGGAAGGAGGAGAGUCAGCCUCUCCCUCUCAGGGAAGCCUGUUCACAUGUGCCAAAGAUCCGUUUCCGAACCCCCCCACCAAAUUCAGGAAGCAGAGGGCUUCCACCCACCGUUGCUUCUUCAUUGAACACCAGGAAGGACCUCCUACCAUUAAGAGCUGUUUUGACGGUGGCGGGCACUACCUCAGAAGCUGCUGUCCCCCUCUUUUCCUGGAGGCUUUUAAAAGCUUUCCGGCAUCAGCAGACGGCCGGAUUAGAGGGUCCUCGGGCAUCCCUCCGGACACAAUGGUUUUGGGAGCCUUUGGUUUCAGGGCAAAGGAGCUGACCCACCCGAAAUGUACAGAACAGGAACAGGGAUCCACCGGAGAUCCCCAGAAGGAGGGGGUGCAGGUGGCGAAAGCCGGAAUGCGAAUCCUCCUCCUUUGAAGGACUGUGUCGUGUGGGAUCCGCCGUCUGUCUCAAGGUGGUGGACUCUGGAUCAGGGGUUUGGACCAAACGUUUGCAAAGAGGAACUCCUGUCGCACCCCAACAUCCGUGGGUCAUGGUUCACCAGAGAACGGGGUUUCCUUGUGCUGACGCCCAGCCGAAACCCAGGCGGGUGUGCUUGGGUGGGAGUCUUGCUAUGAAAGGGAAAUGGGGAGUGUAGCUGGCCUUUUGGGGUCUUCUCCUCUUUUUUUCAUGAUAUCAACAAAAUGUGUGGCCUUAAAACUUUUCCUCGUAGCUUUGGGGGCAUGCCAGAACUUAUGAAAGCUUCCCCCCUCCCAACUACAACACCCAGAAUCCCUCAGCCAACAGAAAUGCCUGGUUUUAUUUUUUUAAUGAUAGAACCUCUGAUUCCUGCCCUAUCCAAAACGGAAGCUCGUGUGAAUGAAGUCCUUGGACUUUGUUUUUCUGCUCGCGUGGAUCUUCUAGCUUGACGUGGUUUGGUCUCGGGGUGGGGUGGGGUGUUUGUGCCAAUGGCCCCCCCUAUUGGGUGGUGCCCCCCAUGCCUUGUGCCUUCCUCCCUUUUCCAUGGCUAGUGGAAAGGGGGUCCCAAGGGGACCGGAACUCAUUUCCCAAAAGCCUCCUCCGCUGGGAGGAUCUGUCCCUUUUCCCGUCUCUUUCAGGAACUCCUGAAACAUGUUCUGUAGCAUCACUCAGCCUUGUCAAUUUAAAUCCCUCUCCCGCGACUGUAUGACCUGGUGUUUUGAGCCGGGUGGGGUGGGGCUGGUUUUAACAACAGAGGAUGUGAAGCCGUGACGGGAUGGAAGAGAGGAGGUGGCUGUCUCAGAGUAAGGCGGCGUUGCUCCCGUCACACCCGAGAAACGCCACCUCCAGACGUGCCCAAUUGGCCACUGCCUUCUUUGUGGGCUGUUCCCCUUUGAGCUGUGACCCCCAUGGGUGGCGGGUAGGAGACCACCCCCGAUUCCCUCCUCCAGCUCCAAAUUUGGUGCUAAAAAGACGGAGGAGCGUUGCUGCUGAUUUGGCUGUGGCAGGGGAAUCCACCUAUUGGUUGCAUGGGAGGGGGGAAUUUUGGGAUGUUGCCCCUUGCCAGGCUGGUGGGGAGGGGUCCAGAUUCUGCCACUGGCCAUGUUUACAGAAGGUUUUAGGAGCUGAUGAUGGAUUCUCCCACCGCCCAGGGGGAGACCCUAAGGGCUAUCUGGAGGGUUCUGGUAGUAUCAUGUGGGAGGAUACUGGGAGUUAUAGCAGGAAAUGUAACUUUUCCCAGCUGAGUUAUAGAGAGACACUAUAGUCAAACUUUUCCCCUUGAGAAUUGCAGCUCUGGCACCGGUAUCAGAGCUCUUUGACAACCUGGCCGAACUACAACUCCCAGGAUUUUUUUGGGGAGAGCUGGAGAGGCGAACCCUAAGAAACCCUUCAGGCUGCACUUGGUUUGCACCUUGGGGGAGAUGCUGUGGGAGGUGAACGUCAACCACAGCGGGCCGGCCCGUGUGGCAAAAAGUCCCGCUUCGGAGUCGGCUCUCCCGCUGGGGUGAGCAUUCAAGAAUGUGGAUGGAGCAUGGGACGCGGAACUUUGUAGGAAAUCUUAUGUGCCUUUUCAGACUCAACCAAAAAGUGAAGUAACAUAUGGAGCCAUGGCUCUCCCACCCCCUUAAAAAAAAAGUGGUUUUGUUUAUCAUUGUCAUAAUUAUAUUCUCUCUUGGAAAAUAAAAAUAUACUGAUUUGCUGUCAGA